UCUCUCCAAUAGCAUCAACCUUUAUCCAAAGAUCUAGAAGCGCGUCUCUAGAGAAAGAGAUAGAGAUAUCUCUCUCUCUCUCUCUCUCUGGCUUUCUCUCACUCUUUAACAAUUAAUUAACCAAAUCAAAUUAAAGAAACCGAGCAGGAACCAAACCAUGGCUUUCCCUUCAUCGCUUCCUCUCUAUCUUGAUGAUCCCCCCACUUCAUGGAGCCAACAGCAACAACAGCAAAAUAAGCCAGAUGGCGGCCGGGCUGCGGGCUCCGCCUCUACCGUCCCAAAGCCAUGGCCGCAGCGGGCCGCCUGCGAAAUCCCGCAACCCGAGGCAAGCCCUGAAAUGCCCCCCCGCUGCGAGUCCAGACCAACAAGCACAACGUUCUGCUACUUCAACAACUAUCCUUAUCUGCAGCCGCGCCACUUCUAGUAAGGCUGCCGCCGCUACUGGACCUCGCGCGGCUCGCCUACGCAGGCGUCCCGGUCGGGAAGCGCAGUCCCUGCCGCAACACGAAGCGCAGCCAACAGCAAAUCCAACCCCACCUCGGACUGCGCAAGGGCCACGGCAUUCAAGGCCCGGACUUGGCCACCGCCUGCGCCCGGCCGCGCCGCUGACCAGGGCCCGCCGCGGUCGGCGGCGCGGGGCCCACCAGCAUAUUUACGUUGGCCUCCAGGGCUGCUGGCGGGGCAGCCGCCUGGGCAGAACAUGGGGCCUGGGGUUCCCGGGGUGAGGGAUAUGGGCGUGGAGCAGUGGAGGCUUAACCAGCCUCCGGCAGAUGUAUGA